AUGGAUUAUUUUCGAGCCUUCACUUUUCUCUUUAUGCUGAUAUUAUCCAGAGGCGUCACGGCAGACACAGAGAAGAAAAGCCCUGAUUCAGGAUUAGAAAUCUGUAUCCUUCUUUCAUUGCCUUGAUUUUUGUCUGUGAAAGUGGGGUGUAACACUGAGAGAGUGUUGCUUGUUGGGGGGCCCUUUUGUGCUUAGCAAGGGUGGAGAAAGGGAGUGGAUUUGUAAGCCUUGGGAAAACAUGUAGAUUUGUACAUGUGCAUGUAAAAGUAUAUAAACUGCAAAAGGGUACACAUACAUACCACAAGGAGCAUUCUGAAGCACUAGGCUGGGGAAAGCUCAUCUGAAAGGCCCAUGUGAAUUAAAAUGUCUCUGCCUGGUGCCAAAAGGACAUCAGUCACUGCCAGGUGAACCUCCUGGGAAGAGCAUUCCAAUGUUGACGCUCCACCGCUGCAAAGUCCUCUCUUGCAUCCACAGCUGUCUAACUUCCAGACCCUUUCAGCUGCUAAGAUAGGCAGAGGGGACCCUCUUGGUAGUUCCUCCACCUUCAGAGACUUGGGGAUGGCAUGGCGGAUAAGACAUUCUCUGUGGCAGCCCCUAAGUUGUGGAACUCCUACCCCAAAGAGGUGUGUCUGGCACCUUCAUUUUGCUAGUGAAGUCUCCAAAGACAGAGCCAAAGAGGCCACAAGUCAGGCAUGCCUUUUAUUCUAAAUGUCCCGUCUUGCCCAAAUACUCUUAAAGGAAUUACCAACCAUUUCGCCCUUGGGCCUGGUGUACGGUAUUUUUCUCAGAUAAGCAGUGUUGUACUGUGUGAGAAGUAUAACGACCUUGUCCUUCCCAAAUAAGCUAUGUACCCCAAUACCAACACUCUUAAAAAGAGAGAGAGAGAGAGAGAAAGAGAGAGAGAGAGAUCUCAUCCUGGCUCAGUAAUGUCAAAUAGGCUUCACUUCCUUCCUAGCUCACUCAACUUUUCCCUCCAUACUCUCCGUAUGAAAGCCAUUCUUCACAUGAUCUUCAUCAAGUUGGAAAACACCACUGUGAAAUAGAUGGAUUCUUUAUGCUGACACGGUGAUUGCAGCAUGGCACGUCACAUGGUUCUUCCUCUGGGCAAAAAGUUUCUCUGCUCUUUCUGUUUCAGGAGGGGUUGUAUUUUUCUCUCUCCUUGACCCUCCCUUGCUUUUAAUUGGUAAUGUGAACCCUUGUCAUUUGUAUUUCCCUCUGGAUUUAUGCUGUCAUCCUCCAUAGAUUCUAGUUUACAGCUGCCAGGCCACCGAGAGCAGAUAUUCUUUGCAGUCUCCGUAAACUUUAUUUAUUGGCAUUGGCUUUUCCUCAAAGAAACUGGAUGCAGUAGUUAAAAGAAGCCUGGUCCCUUGUAAGGGCUACUUUGAUGGAGUGGGCCCCAGAUCUCCUAUUGCCUUCCCUCUCUGUUCUUAAACUUAAAACUUUUUUAAAAAUGGUUCAGAGCCAUCAUCCAUACAUAGAAAUUAGCAUAUACACAUUUUAUGCAAAGUCCCCAAGUCUUUUUAUAUACCUAACAAUGCCCCAGGGUGAAGGGCAAAAAAGAUGCUGGGAUUGUGCUGUGGGUUGUGGGGAGGGGGACAUGGGGCGAGAGUUUGGAUGUUCUGUAGCGCAUGGUAUCCUUGACCAAGUUACAGAUAAGAAGCUGUUCGAAGUGAAACGCAAAGACCAGAUGAAUGCGUUGAAGAACCUGAUUGAGCUCAACGAUGUGAACCAACAAUACAAGAUCAUAGACAUCAUGCUCAAGGGUCUUUUCAAAGUGAGCCUUGCCUAACAGAGCGCAGGAUUUAUUUAUUUUUAGUUAUGGAAUGUUAGAUAAUCUUAAAAGCAGUGUGUGGGGCCAAAGAAGAAGAGUGUAGUGUCUUCGUCAACAAUGCUUCUUUACUGGAAAAGGUUGAGGUGGUGGUGGGGAAGAGACUUGGCACUAUGACCGCCUCACAAUUCCAGUGAAUUGCUGGUGAAUGUAGCGGCUGCCACUCAUUCCAGACACAGUUGGUUGUGAGGGGAGGGGAGAUGGUACCUCUUAGGGUCUGCUGGUUUUAAAUCUACUGUCGGAAGAUAGCCUAGGAUGGUCUAGGCCUUACCUUAGGCACCCUCACCAAGUGCUUUCUUACACUUCCAUCUGCAGAGUAAUAAUAAUAAUAAUUUUAUUUAUACCCCGCCCUCCCCAGCCAAGACCAGGCUCAGGGCGGCUAACAACCAAUAAUAAAAACAAGUUGAUUAAAAUACAACUUAAAAACAAGAUUUAAAUACAACAUUAAAACAUUAAGAUGCAGCCUCUUCACAGGAGGAGAAAGGAAAAAAGAAAGAAGGAGAGGGAAUCAAAUUGAUUCUAAGCCAAAGGCCAGGCGGAACAACUCUGUCUUACAGGCCCUGCGGAAAGAAAUCAGAUCCUGCAGGGCCCUGGUCUCAUGAGGAAGAGCGUUUCUCCAGGCCGGAGCCAGUGUUGAAAAGGUCCUGGCUCUGGUUGAGGCUAAUCUAACUUUCUUAGGGCCUGGGACCUCUAGGGUGUUGCUAUUUAUGGACCUUAAGGUCCUCCGUGGGGCAUACCAGGAGAUGCGUUCCCGUAGGUACGAGGGUCCUAGGCAGGUAGUGACCAUUUUAGGUGUGUCCAAUUGAUGCACAACUGCCGAUGCAUGGGCCCCUUUCGACCCAGAAAAGGAUGGAAUGGAGGCAGAACGGGCUUAUGCGCACCUCUGCUGAUGUGCAUGGCAGCGAGGAAUGGAACCCCAUGCAAAAUGGUCACCACCUGUAUGUAUGUAGAAGAGCACUUUCAGCACCUGCUCCAUAAAAAUAGAUUGCCUUACACUGGAGAUUUGCCCAAUGCAUGGGUCUGCACAUUCAGGACCAGCAUGAGAUCUUAGUUGUUCUUCUGGGCUGGUAUUUGGUUGGGUUUAAAUGAAUAGCUGAGGUAUUAUAUUAGACUAGGUACUUGAGAAGUGAUUUGCAGCUUAUCGAUGGUAGCAUCACAUCGCAUGGAGAAGGCGCUUGUGGCUUCAUACAGUUGCUGUUUGUCUGUGGCCCCCACCUGCUUGGCCAACAAGCUCCAUUUUGUGCUGUGUGAUGUAACAGUGUCACAGCACAAAUGUUCCUGUGUGUUUUGUGCUUGCCUGUUGAAACCAGACUCGGUCCAGGAACUGCAGCUGUUGGUUCCUCCGCAAAUAAUGUGAGGUGUUUUGAAGGGCUGGGAUAUUCAUUCUCACAAUUUGGUUUCCUGGCUUUUGAGGUUGUUCUUUCCCCCAAGUUUCCUCGUCUGUCAGGGCUGUGUCAGAUGGGCAUCUGUAGCAAAGCAGAAGAGGUGGGGGUGUGCGGCUGAGAAGAGGCUGUUGCUGGCAGCACAGGUGUGGGAAAGAGAUGUUUUUGGCAGGAGCUGAUAUCAACCAUGUCCGCUUUCUGUUGUGAUGUGCAGGUUCUUGAAGACUCGCGGGCUGUACUUAUAGCAGCAGAUGUCCCUCCAGAUGGGCCGUUCCCUCAGGAUGAGAAGCUAAAGGAUGGUGGGAGCUCUUUGCUUUAUAAUCCCGAUUUCUCCAUCCAUCAUUCUGUAGCCAUUAAGUUUGUAACAAUGAGCUGUUCUGGCAUUACAGCUCUCGUUGCCAUUUUGGCGACUCUUGCUUAGCCACCCCUGUCACUUCUGUUCUUGUGUGUCAUCAUUUCUGACAUUUGCAAAGGUCCUGGGAUGGGAACAGAGCCAAAUGAGGCUACAUAGCAUAUGGUACAUGAAGCAGAACAGAAUCUUAUUAUUUCGCCUGUGCAUAUAAUGGAAAGUAAACACUCGUAAGGCUGGUCAGUAUCAUUAAACAGGGACGUGCGGCUUCAUUCAGAUUGAUAGCCAGUUUCUCCCCACCCCCGGUCGGAUUCUGCAACUGGAACCCUUGGUUUUGUGACUGGACUAAAUGUAUGCAGAUUUGCAUUGUCUACAGAGAGGUACAUGAAUUUACAAUUUGAGACUGGCUGGUUAUGUUUCCGGUCACUUUUAAAAAAUGUUUGUUGAGCAAAGAAAAAUUAAGAGAGUGGAAAAGGAAGGGCAAUUGAACCUAUGAGGGCAGCCAGAAUUUAAGCUAUUGCAGCAUGAAAAUGGUAGGUACUUGUAGAGAAGCAGAGAUUCCAGUUCUUUUGUCCAAGGUACUGAUUUAGUAUAUUAAGGUAUCCUACCUUGUGCUUUUGGCUGGUGUUUUUUGGCCAUGCAGAUUUCCAGAAUUAAAUCCUCAUUUAAACUGUUGAUGCCAGCCACCUAGACAAUGAGCAGCAGUAGCCUCCCCCCAACAAUGCUACUGCCAUCAAUAUCUGUAAUGAAGGGAAGGAUAUAGUUUUAAUAGUUUUCCUUUGCACUGAUCACAGGUAGCCUGAACCUACCUGGAAUUCAUUCUCUUAUUAUAAUUUUGAAAAUACUAUGCGACUUCUGUUUCCUUUGAAUAGCUGUAGGAAAAAUUAUGUCAGAUUGAAUGACACACUAUUUGGGUUCCUUGCCAGAUUUGUGGGCUGCUAGCUUGCUUUCUGGAUUUCUGAAGUUCACAGAUUUGGAUGUGAGCAUAUUAAUCUGUCCCACCAAUAUUUUAUUUUCAAAUGCUGUAUACAUAAGGUUGAGCCCUCUUUUUCUGUAUUCAUAAACUUGGAAUAAAAUAUAAACCCUUUUCUGUACAGUCACUAACAUAGAUUAAAUGUAAAGGUACCCCUGACCGUUAGGUCCAAUCGCGGACGACUCUGGGGUUGCAGCGCUCAUCUCGCUCUAUAGGCCAAGGGAGCCGGCAUUUGUCCGCAGACAGCUUCCGGGUCAUGUGGCCAGCAUGACUAAGCCGCUUCUGGCGAACCAGAGCAGCGCACGGAAACACUGUUUACCUUCCCGCCAGAGCGGUACCUAUUUAUCUACUUGCACUUUUGACGUGCUUUUAAACUGCUAGGUUGGCAGGAGCAGGGACCGAACAACGGGAGCUCACCCCAUCGCAGGGAUUCGAACCGCCAACCUUCCGUUCGGCAAGCCCUAGGCUCUGUGGUUCUAUUCUAUUCUAUUCUAUUCUCCCUUCUCCUCACUCACAUAAGCAAUAGGAAUGGUUAGAGUGUGUUGAGGUGGUACGCACCCUGCAUUUGGAUUCUAUGUUUAUUCUCAUGGAACUUGUCUGAUCUCUACCAGCGGUAAAACUCCUGAUUUCUCAUUUGUGGCUCUUUACCUCUAGCAUAUUCCCAUGUGGUGGAGAACACUGCAUUUUUUGGUGAUGUAGUCCUGCGUUUUCCCAAGAUAGUACACCAUUACUUUGACCGCAACUCCAACUGGAACAACCUGAUUCGCUGGGGAAUUGGCUUCUGCAAUCAGACAGGUGUAUUUGACCAAGGUCCGCACUCACAAGUCCUCGGAUUGGUAAGACUUCUGGUUUGACUUCUGCUCUGAUGUUGUUGGCCUCUGAUAAUGGCCAACAAUGGGUUGGCAAUGUGGGAUAAAGGAAUAUUAGUUGACGGAAAACCAAUAAUCUAAGGGUUGCUUCAGUCGUUUCAGUAUCUGUAUAUGGAGGGUGCUUUUGUGUAGGAACUAGCAUGAAGCUUGCAUAAAGAUGGUAAUAUGCAACUUAUAUGCGCAUUUCACACUAUGUGUGCACACUGAGUAGUAAUGACUUUUGCUUCUCAGCAAUAGUAUAAUCCAGUGGCAUAGCGUGGGGGGUGCAGGGGGGCCGGCCGCACCGGGCGCAACAUCUGAGGGGGGUGCGCUAAUCUAGUGGAAGAGACUCAAGUGCUAAAAUCCACGGGUUAGGGGGCGCAAAUUACUUGCCUUGCCCCGGGUGCUGACAACCCACGCUACCCCACUGGUAUAUUCCAUUCAUACAUGUGUUGUUGUUUCUUUCUUUCUUUCUUUAUUGGGUUUUAUAAACAAGAAUAAUGGUAUACAAAUAAGUAUACCAAGUUUUCUCAUGCCAUUUGUAUAUCACAAAAACAGCAUAAUAAAUGUGGAAAAAUAUCUACAUGUUUCAUUAUUAGUGGUCAGUAGAUAAGUUCUUGAUUCAUGAAUUGGUUUAAACCAGCCAUACAGCCAUAGGCAAACUUGGCCCUCCAGAUGUUUUGGGACUACAACUCCCAUGAUCCCUGGCUAACAGGACCAGUGGUCAGGGAUGAUGGGAAUUGUAGUCCCAAAACACCUGGAGGGCCAAGUUUGCCUAUAUCUGCUUUAAACAAUUAGGAAGAAAAGAGGGGGGGGAAUGAUGAGUGGAGUGGGGUGGUUAUACUUCUAUUCUUCUACUUUGUGUGGGGUUAGGGUUAGAGUCACUUGUUGUAUUUCCUUGGUGGUGCAUUCAACCGUAUGGCUGCACAUUUGUGCAUCUUGGUCUCUGAUAGGCUGCUUUAGCUCACAGCAACUCUUUAAGCCAUGCUACCUUUGUGUGCAGCCUAUGCGGUUUCCUGAUAAUUUACACAGCAAGUGAAUGAAUUGCAAGAUCAGUGGUUCAUCCCAUAAGGGGCAUCAAAACUUCUUGCAUUUGCAGUACCCUUAAUUUGGGAGGGAUAGUUUUUUCACAUUUGGGGGAAUUUGCACUGAACUACCAAAUGAGGCUGGGAAGCUUCAAUGGCGGGUGAUGUAGUUGCAGGAACUGAGAAGCAGGCAGCAAAGUGAGAAGAUUACAAGACAUGUGAAUGAAGCUGAUCUUCACUAUUUUUCUUCUGCAGAUGGCUCAAGAGCUUGGAAUAAGUGAGAAAUCUCCAGAAUACCGGAACCCCUUUAAAACAGACAAUUCUGAAGUAAGAUAAUAAAGCCAUUAGUGCACCCUGCCUGUUUUUACCUAUUCUGGCCAUUGGGUUGCUGACACCUUUCUGGGGCUUGGCAAGGGAAGAAAUGGGCAGCACUGCUUCAUGACGGAUAUGUGGUAAUCCCUAGGCACGACUAGCUGGUAAUAGUGACUCUGUUCUCCGCAGCAACUUCCAGUGUGGAAAUCUUGUGCAGCCAGCAAAAUGCACACUUGGUUGCAUGUUUGGCUGACAGUUCAUAUUGUUACCUCCAAAGGGAAAUUGAAAAAGGAAGCCAGCGCAUCUGCACAACCUGUAGAAGUUCCCCUUCUGAUGUGACAACCCAGCACUGCAGCUGGAUGCAGGCACUGACCAUGUGCUCAGCUUGCCACACAGAAAUCUCAUCUGGAGCUGCCCACAGUGGCCAUGCUCAGUUGCAUUUGGUACUUGAUGCAUGUUGCAUCAAAGGCAGCUGCAGAUGCCUAUUUCUUUCCUCUGUCUCUUUCAUAUCUGGACCGAUUUAGCUGCUUUGCAAAGCAGAUUGCCCCUGGAAAUAGGUUUUUGAGUAGAAUCAUUAUCAUAGCUCAGGACAUGGGAGCUGCACCUAUUGAGACCUUUCCUAGUUUUUUGUUCCUGCUAAUGCAGAUUUGCAAAUAAUGCCAUACAUGUUAUUAGCUAACAAAAGUGUUUGUUGACAUAGAUAUGUGUGGCACGGUUGUGGGUUUUUUUUAGAGUGCCAGAAUUUAUUCAUUUUAUUUUAUAUUCCACUUUUCCUCCAAGGAUCUCAAAGUAUUGUACAUGGUUUCCCCGCCCCCCCCCCAACCUCAUGUCAUCCUCACAAAAGCCCUGUUAGGUCAGUUAAGUUGUGAAUGAGAGACUGGUCUAUGGUCACCCAGUGAACCCUGAUCUCCCAGGUCCUAGUCCAACACUACAGCACAAAGCCUCUUUAUCUUUCUUUUAUUCACAGAAGUGACUGAGGCACUUGACUAGGGUUCUACAGGUAGCUCCAUGACAUAAUCAAGAGUUGACUUUGGAAUCCUAAUAAGUUCUCUGUUCCGGUGAUUAUUGGGAACCCCCUUUUCCAUAGAGAUGCCAUUUCCAACGCACAGCAGUAGUGCAGAUCCAAGAAGACUAUCCCCAAUCCAUUAUUUGUGGAUGGGAUUAUAUAAUCUAAAGCCAAAUUCAUGUCUCCUGAAUCCAAGUCAUUGAAACUACAGAUAUGAUAAACAGGUGCAGGUGGCAGGAGGAGGUGUAAUUGGCUAACUGUGAGGCUUGUGCGCAGAACUGUCUCUUUGUUCCCACGUGGCUGAGCUCAUCCUGUUCCCUGUCAGUUUUUCCCCAGUGCGGACACAUUCCAGAAGGCUCUCCGGGAGGAAGAGAAGCGAAGGAAGAAAGAGGAGAAGCGGAAGGAGAUCCGCAAGGGGCCUCGCAUCUCCCGCUCACAGUCGGAGUUGUAA